CCUAACAUCAAAUUCUAUUCUUCACUCUCUAACUAACUUCUGCGUAGUUUGAGAUGCGAACAUCUGCCUUCAUCACCGCCGCUGCGGUCCUUACUACGUCUGUUAAUGCAUGGCUUCCUAAUACUGAACUUCAUGCCUUGAACGAGCGUGACAAUGAAAUCUUUGUAUACCCUCUUCGAACAGAGCCGAACAACAGAAGGUGACUUCCAGCGACCAAAAAGAUCCGGGGAGUAAACCUCGGGUCUCUUUUCAUCUAUGAGCCCUGGAUCGAUAGCUAAGAAUGGGCCAAUACAGGUGGUGAGGGGGAAAAGUCCGAAUUUGACUGUGUCAUGAGCAAAGGACAAGAUAUUGCGGACAAGAACUUUCAAGCUCAUUGAAAACGCUGGAUUAAUCAAACCGAUCUCGACGAGAUGUUGAGCUAUGGCCUGAAUACUAUUCGUGUGCCUCUAGGGUAUUGGCUAAAGGAAGACCUUGUUGAUGAUUCAGAGCACUUCCCCAAGGGUGGUUUGGAAUACUUGACUCAACUCUGUGGUUGGGCAAGCGAUCGAGGCUUCUACAUCAUUCUCGACCUACACGGUGCCCCGGGUGCUCAAGAACCCAACCAGCCCUUUACGGGUCAAUAUGCUCCGACAAUGACCGACAUAAUCCACACCAAGAAAGAGUAUCACGAUGUUGGCAUGCUUGGGUUGGUCAAUGAGCCGCUGAACUGGGACAAGGCCGUUGAUUCGUUGCGAAAGACCUAUUAUCCCAAGCCCUGCAGUGCAAUUCGCAAGGUCGAGGACAACCUCAAGGUCACCAGCAACAACCGCCUUCAUAUCCAUAUGAUGGGUUCUCUAUGGGGCAGCGGAAAGCCAACCGAGUUCCUCAGGGACACCUCAUUCACGGCUUUCGACGACCAUCGAUACCUCAAGUGGGAUACGAGUGUUGAAGCUUCCCAUGACGCAUACAUCAAAAAAUCUUGUUCCGAUGAUCGCAACACUGACGGCCCCACGAUCGUUGGCGAAUGGUCACUAGCUGUGCCCGAUGAUGUUGAGAAGACUGAUGCUUGGAAUCCUCAGACUCAGAAGGAGUUUUACACCAAGUGGUUCUCUGCUCAGGUGCAUGCAUAUGAAGAGAAUACUCUUGGAUGGGUCUUUUGGACUUGGAAGGCUAGUCUUGGUGAUGACUAUCGCUGGUCUUAUAGAGAUGCGGCGAGAGCUGGCGUAAUUCCCAAAGACCUCGACUCCCUUCCCAGUGUUUGUUGA